AUGGCGUCCCCGUUCUCCCCGGAAGAGUUGGCCUACCUGGAAGCGCAUAAGGACGAUUCGAGAGUCUCUGAAAUCCACUGGGUUUACACCGUGCCAAUCGUUGCCGCGACUAUCAGCACCGCACUGCGACUAUGGGCAAAGCGCCUCGGACGGAACGGAAUCACACUCGACGAUUACUUGAUCCUCCUUGCGACAUUUUGUUUGAUAGGCGAAUGUUCCAGCGGUCUCGGAUACGAACCAGGGCCCCCACAUGGCAUGGGCCGACAUGUUAUUGUUGUGUCUGACUAUGACCAGAUGAUGGUGCGCAAGGGCGACUACAUAUUCAGCCAUUUCUACGACUUCGCGCUCGUCUUCGUCAAGCUCGGUAUCCUUGCCUUUUACUGGCGCGUUUUCGUCCAUCCGGUCUUCCGCACAGCGGUCCUCGCAACCGCAUUUUUCGUAAUAGCAUGGGGCAUCGGCAUUACUGUUACGUUGUUUCUUGCUUGCCGGCCAUUGAAGGCAUAUUGGGACAUCACAGUAAAAGGCGAUUGUUUGACGAUGGUCACCUUCACAUACUUCACCAACAUUUCGAACUUGAUCACCGAUAUCUGGAUCUUCCUGAUGCCAAUUCCUAUGAUAUGGCACUUGCAACUGCAGACAAAGAAGAAGCUUAUUAUAAGCUUGAUCUUCUGCUUCGGUCUUGCCACAUGCAUCGUCUCCUCCAUACGCCUUACCGUAGUCCUUGGUCGCGGUAGUCCAGACUUCACAUGGUACUACGUUCCCCUCGGCGCGUACUCUGUCUUCGAGCCUCUUGGUGGCAUCCUCUGCACCAACAUCCCAAUCAUCUGGCACAUGCUGCGUAAACAUCGAGCCAUGAACCGCACUAUGGAAAACCUCCAGAAGACACAUGACUCUAGCACGCGCACUAUCGGCUCUGGAUCACGGCGCAGCCGUAUUAUAAACGCUCUCGGUAUAACAACGCAUGACCGAACACAGAAUCACAGUGUUGGUGGAACCGUAGUGGAGGGCGGCGACCGUGCAGCCGACUUCCACAGGCUAGAAAGUAUGGAGAGUCAGAAGCCGGACCCGAAUAUCUGGACAACUGUCCAGCGAUUGGACAGUGGUAGUGCAGAGACGGGGCGCAGCUCAGACGAGGGCCACAUAAAGCCAGGCAUGAAGAAGACGAACUGGCAUGUGAGGCGGUGACUGAUACCUCACAACAUCGAUUAUACCCGCGAACUUAACGACUUUACGAACACAUGGCGCCUUCGGAGCACACUUGUCACGCUUCUCACUUUAGGUCUGGUAAAUACGGCUGGUUUGGUAUGGCACAGGUCACGAUGCUAUGAACGUCGUAUGGCCUGGGCUGCUCUCUGGAGCAUUGUGCACGAUGUUUUCGUUUUUCCUUUAGAUAUCCAACGUACAGAUCCCGGUCGUAGUCACGCCCAAGUUUCAAUGCUUUUGAGACCAAUGAAUCACAUCAUUCUACUAUUAA